GAGAGAGAGGCCAAGUGAGGGGGUGUCAGAAGUCUUGGCAGCGGGCAACCCUCACACACACUCCAACGAUUCACCACCAACGUGCAGGACCACCAGAACCUCUCUCUCCACCAGCGCCUUCAACACCAGGACCCUCCCCUCCCCCCCCGCGGCCCUGUGGGCCUUUAUGAGCCAGCCCCAGGAGAGCCCAGGUCACCACCGGCGCUAUGGCUCAUAAGUUCGUGUCCACCAAAGAUGUGAUGAAGAAUGAAGGGUUCCUGGCCAAGCUCGGGUCCACGCUGGCCGGGAGACUCAACCCGGACCCGCUCAUCGAGACCAAGGCCAAGAGCUCCAUCACCUGGCGGAGGACCUCGGACAUCAAACACCGCAUAAAGACGGCCACUGGCACCAUUGCUAUCUACGAGGACCUGACGCCGGAGCAACUGGCAGAGAAGCAAGCGGAGGCCGAUCGAGCAGCAGGAGGGAUAGCGCCUGACAGCGCCGGCCCUGCCCCUGCUGCCACGCUAGAAGAGGAAGGGGCUAAAGAACCUGCUCUGCCUACUCCUACUGCGACUCCUGCUGCUGCUGCGGAUGCUACUGCUGCUGGGAAACAAGCACCACCACCACCGCCACCACCACCACCACCACCACCACCAGCAGAAGACCUCACCCCUGAACCCAAACAACCCAAACAACCCAAAAUCUCCCCACCCAAGCAGGAAUGGUGGAUGGAGGAGAUGGAAGAAGCAGGUAUAGGAGUAGGAGAAGCAGUAAGGAGAGCAGAGAAGCGGACAGAGAGCGUUAUGCAGGAGCAGGAGGGAGCAGAACCAGGCAUGACCACCACCACCACCACCACCUCCACCACCACCACCACUUUCACCUUCCUGGCUAAUGAGGACUACGCACCUGAGGACGAUGACGGCCUACAGGUGGUCUCAGGACAGAUUCUCACCUUGAUUGAUAAGUCAAGUCCUCAUAAACGCCCCAGACUGGAGGAGGGUGAGGGGGGAGCCACGCACCUCUUGGACAACUCCGCGGCCAAGCACAAGAUGGCAAUUAGACCUAAGAGGAACCACCCCGACCCACGAUCAAGAGGACAUGACACCGGGGAGGAGAGAUGGGUCAUGCGAGACGAGGACAGCGGUAAGGAAGGCCUGGUCCCCUCACGCCUUCUUUCCCCGCACGCCGAGACCACCACCACCGCCCUCCGAUCCUCCCUCAAGCGGACGGUGCAGCAAAUCGCGAAGGAGGAGCCGCUGGAGGUGAAGCAGAGUCUGAUGAAGGAGAUUCGAGAGUACAAGUCUAGGAAGCUCUCGAGUCGGCAGCUCCUGGGCCCAUCUCCCGAAGACGAGGCGCGCGCGAAGAGGACGGCCACGAUCAGGGAGCUUGUGGAGACCGAGGAUGAGUUCGUGAAAGACCUGCAGUUCGUGGUGGAGAACUACUACGACCUGCUGGACGACCCGAACACCCCAAGAGUCAUCCGCGACCAGAAGGAGCUCAUCUUCAACAACUUCAAGCGCAUCGCGGAGUUCCAUCAAAAUGUCCUGAUCGAAGGGGUCAAGUACCACGCUGAGGUGCCUACGAUGAUUGGACGAACCUUCCUGAGGCUGGAGAGGGACUUCGACAGACACGCUGAGUACUGCACCAACGAGCCUUUAGCGCAGGAGUUUAUGGAGAACAACCUCACCGUGAAGGAGUUCUUUGAGGAACAAAGUCAGCAGCUGGGAGACGACAAGAGGCUGCAAGAACACCUGAAACUACCGAUCCAGCGACUCAACGACUACCAGCUCCUGCUAAAGGAGCUGGUCAAGUACAGCAGCAGGCUCGGGGACGACACCAACGACCUGCAGAAGGCCCAUGAGUUGAUGCAAACGAUCCCUCAGCGGGCCACCGACGCGAAAUUCAUCAACUCGAUCGAGGGCUUCAAGGGGAACUUAUAUAAACUCGGAAGACUUGUUCGACACGACUGGUUCACGGUCAAAGAGGAAGGCCAGAAGGCGAGGGAGCGUUACCUCUUCCUCUUCAAGGCGCGGAUCCUCGUCACCAAGGUCAAGAGAAUCAGCGAGGACCGAUCCAUCUUCAUCCUCAGAGAUAUCAUAAGGCUCCCGGAGACAUCCCUGGGAAGCCUAGACAACCCCAAAGCUCUCGAAUUCCUCCACAUCGAACCCCACGCCCAUCCCAACUACCCCAUUCGAAUCGAGGCCAGGACAGCUGAGAUCCGCGAAUCGUGGUUGGCGGGGGUUGAAGAAUACGUGGUUGAUACAGCAUCCGUCGAAGAUCUCCUCUUCGACGACGAACUAAGAGUCGUCUCCCAAGAAGCUGACGAGGAGGACGCCAAAGUCUCCUCUUCCCCGAUACCCGAAGGUCAAGAUUACGAAGAACUCCCUGAAGACGAAGACCAGAGAGCACAGUCCGUGAAGAAAGCGAAGAGAGAGGAAGAGAAGCCAAAGGAGGAGGAGGAGGGGGAGCAGGACUUCUGGGCUGAAUGGGAAGAGACAUUUGAGGGAAAGAAAUCGAGCAAGGAACAACUCGAGCAGGUAGACAAGGGUUCCGUUAAAGAGCAGAGUCAGGUUACCUUAACACCACCCACCACCACCACUACUACUACCACUACUACCACCCCUACUACAAGCCAGGACCCACCUUUACCCACCACUACUACCACUACCCAACCGCCACAGCUCGAUCAGGCGACAGGGGGGAAACCGCAGGCGUCAGGAGGGAAGCCGAAGGUGACGCUACCCAAGCCGGAGGAAAAGGCCAAGAAAGGAGCAGCCAUGGAGGAGCCGAGCACCCCGUUCACCCCUGGGGGAACACCGAAGCCAGUAUUUACGAAGACUCUGAAAGGAGACAUCGUUGAGCGCUUAGUUACACUUCCGGACUCGGGAAAGUUGGUAACCCUGACGCUAAUAGAACCGGGCGAGGAUGUGGCGUUCGUGUGUGAGGUGACCCAUCCACUCCCCUACUUCAUCACAUGGCUCAAGGACAACAAGCCUCUCGACGACAAGCUGGCUGACCGCGUGCAACAACAGGAUAGCGGCUCGAAGCAUACAUUGAGGGUGCUCAACUGUCGGAUAGAUGACUCAGGUAUCUACACGGCCAAGGCCACCGAUGAGGCCAACUCCAGCUCCACCUGUUCCGCCCAGCUGCUCGUUCAGGAGUUCACGGAGGAGGAGAGAGCGCGCCGCUACGCUGAGAAGAGUCCGUUUUUCUUGGUCAGGAUGAAGCCAACGGAGGUGAUCGAAAACACGAACCUCUCCUACACCAUCCACGUGAAGGGCGACCCGAUGCCUGAAGUUCAAUUCCUCAAGGACGAGCAGGACAUUGUGGAGGACGAGCGAGUGACCAUCCACCGUGACCAGCAGGUAGGCCACUACGAGCUGCUCAUCUCCCACGUGCAGAAGGAGGACGAGGGCGUGUACAAGUGUGUGGCGCGUAACAGGUUCGGCAAGGCGGAGUGUGACGCGCAGAUGACCGUCAGCGACGAGAAGUUGGUGUUCCAGGCCCUGAGUGGAAAGGGCUCCCUCCUUGCCACGGGGGAGAAAGCCGAGUUCAAGUGGUUCAGGGACGGCCAGGAGUUCGACCCGCUGGAGAGAUUCAAUGUGAUGUUCAAGGAUGACGAGGACACCCUGGCGCUGGUCUUCCAAAACGUGACCCCCGAGGACGCCGGUCUCUACACGUGCGUGGCCUCGACAUCGUGUGGCAAGAUCUCGUGUUCCGCCGAGUUGACCGUGGAGGGCUCCAUAAACCGCUUGCUACGUGACCCCGAGCCCCCCAGCAUCAAGGAAGAGAUGACGGAUACCACAGUCUCCAUUGGUGGGUCUGCCAUGCUUGAGUGCAAGAUUGGAGGAUAUCCGAAGCCAGAGCUCAAAUGGACUAAGAACGGACUGGACCUGGAGAUCGGUGGUCGGAUGAGGAUGCUUUGGGAAGACGAGGAGAGCGUGGCCUUCGUGAUUAAGAACGUGGAGGAGCGAGAUGCCGGGUUGUACCGUGUAGUGGUGACCAACGACCUCGGCGAAGCGGAUUGCAGCGCUAAACUGGCCAUUCGAGCCGGGCCAAAGAUCAAGAAGCUGCUGAAGGAGGUGGCGUGCGUCGUGGGGCAGAAUCUGGAGUACAACAUCGAGGUACAGGGAGAGCCGGCCCCACAAGUCCAUAUACCCCUCGAAUUGUUCCCCCAGUUGCCUCCCCCCGCCGCCCGCCCCCCUCACCGCUCCCCAGUUCCCCUCACCGCCCCCCUCUUUCCCGUUAGCAUGGUGGACGGCAGGCCAGUGGAAUCGACAGACCGCGUGAGCCUGAAAAAGGUCAGCGACACCCUUUGGACCUUCACGAUCAAGGGCAUGGUGGCCGGAGACUGCGGAACCUACACGGUGGUGGCCGCUAACGAGGUGGGCCAGGUGUCCGAUUUCUUCACGGUGGCCACGGACUCGGCGCCGCAAAUCACGCGCGACUUGGACCCAGAGACCGAGAAGAAGCUCAACAUGGAUGUCACUCUCGAAGUCCGCGCUACAGGAAGUCCCAAACCCGAUGCCAGAUGGUACAAGAAUGGGAAGGAGAUCAUGGCGGACGAGCGCUUCAAGAUGACCCGUGAUGACACCUUCUACAUCCUCAAGAUCCGUCACGUGGAGAGGAAGGACAAAGGAACGUACAAGUGUGUGCUGACCAACACAAGCGGUGAGGCCAGCACGCAGGGUGACCUCUUGGUUCGAGCCCCGCCGGACUUCGUGACCCCCCUGAAGGACGUGUGUGCCAAGGAAGGAUCUAAGGACGUCAAGCUCUUCGUGGAGUGGGAAGCGAAUCCUCCACCCACUGUCAAAUGGUUCUUCAAGGACAGACCCGUGCGUGAGGAUACGGAAGGAUACGCCAUCAGGGGAGCGCAGGAUACCUCACAGAUCCUUUGCAUCCUACAAGCCACGCCGGAUUUCGUUGGCCAAUACACUGUGAAGGCCGCCAACGAGUACGGAGAGAGCACGUGCAAGGGACGAUUCAGGCUACACGAACCCCCGAGCAUCCUACAGAGCCUCAAGGAUACCGAGUUUUUGGAGUUCGAGGCUUCCAAGUUCCUGUUCAAGGCCAUUGGUGUGCCCCAGCCGGACGUCAAGUGGACCAAGGACGGGAAGAAGUGGACCCCAGACGAGCGAAGGGUGAGGCUGAAGCUGGAGGGAGAGGAGACGUACAUUCUUAUCUUCGAGGAGGCGCUGACGGUGGACUCCGGUCAUUACGUAGCCACCGUAUCCAACGUGGAGGGGACUGUGACCACCGAGGCUACACUGACCGUCAACAAGGCCGAGGAUAGCGUAGACACCCCUCGCACGGACCCCAAAGCGAAAGAAAACGCGGAGAAGCAGAAGCCAGCCAGUGACGCCAUGGAGGAGGAGAAGGAGAAGGAGAAGAGGGAGAAAGUUGAGAGUGAUGACGAUGAUGGAAGGACGAAAAAGAAGCGAAAACUAACCAUUGCGGAAGCCCCGGACGAAAACGAGAUGCAGCCCACGGAAAACGGGAAACAAGUGACCAUGGAAAACGGGGAUAUGAGUGCAGCGCAGGGAGAACUCAUGGAAAUCGAGGAGGCGGAGAUCGGGACGGAAACAGAGCCGGUGAAGUGGAGGAAAACAUCAACGCUACAUGUGUCAAGGGAUGUGGAGACGGAGACAGCCAUAUCAGACACAGAAGAAACAUCCCUGACCAAGGCCGUGAACGUGAUGGUACAGGAGGAUGUGUUGACGAGGGAAGGGCCGGAGAGAGGCGAGGAGGAGGUGGUGGACAGCGCUUCUUUCUACCUUGAGCCUGACGAGGUGGAGGGCCGGCCAGGGAUGCAUGUGACCGCCUCUUGCAGCAUCAACAGACAGCAGAAGGGCGGGAAGACUAUAAUUACAGCCGAGUCUGACGUGGGGGACGAGGACGACAAGGCAACGUCCCGGAUCGUGCACGUCAAACAGACCAUGGAGGUGGAGCAGUACCUCGGCCUGGUCACCGACAACGAGGACGACACCAACUUGGCCCUCCCCAGCAGUGGCACUCUGGUUGACCCCCGCGUCAAGGCCCUCAUCCAAGGCACCCAGGAGGAGGGCGACCAGCAGGAGGCACCCUCGCACCCGAUAGAAAACGGGGACUUACACCGAGUGAAAUGUGGCAAACUGCAGCCGAAGAAAUCCGUCUCCUUCGAUGAGUUCCCCGAAGUCAUUGAGGACAUCCCACUUGAAGACAUCGAACUCCCGAAGAGCAAGAAGGCCCUGCAGGAGAAGGACGUAUCCCCCAAACACUCCAAGGCCAGUAGCGGCAAAACCCCGAAGGAACCAGCCCCUGAGGAACACGAAGGGCCUGAAGGGGAGGAGAAGGGGGUGAAGGAGGCCCAGAGGAAGCUAAGUAGAGGCCGGGGGUCCCUCUCCCAAGACGCUGAAGAAGCGCCGCCGCAUAUCAAGGGGUGUAACUUCAACGAGGGGAAGACACUCAUCGCGCACCACAAGUUCCUGCUGGAAGUGGAAGCGACGUCCGUACCCGAGGCGGAGGCGACAUGGUACCUGGACGGGAAGGAGCUGCCCAACGGUGUGGACGGCGUCAAAUUGGCCUUCGACGGCAAGAAGUACACGCUGGAGAGGGUUGGCAGCGAUCCGGAACACAGCGGAGAAUACAAGUGUGUGCUGAAGAACAAGAUUGCCGAGGGCGAGGAGAAGGGCAACAUCACGGUGAAAGAGAAGGAAUCCCGAGUGCGCAACAAGCUGGAGGACGUCUACGUGAAGGAACACACGGACGCCGUUAUCAAGUGUCAGAUUGUGGGUGACCCGAUCCCGGAGGUGCAAUGGCUGCGUGACGGGAAGCCGCUGCCCAUGUCUGAGAAGUUCGAGGUAUCCUGCGAGCGGAUGGCAGGAUGGCACACGCUGGUGAUCAAGAACGUGAAGGAGGGAGACAAAUGUUCCUUCAGCGUGAAAGGGAAGAACCAACAUGGAGAGUGUGAGACCACGUGCCGCAUGGGAGUCCUGGUCAAGCCCGCCCCAGGACCCUUGGAGGACGCUGUGGUGGACUUCGGGAAGGACCUCUACGUAUCCUUAACGAUCCAUGCCUUCCCCGCCCCUACGAUGGUCUGGACUCUGAACGGGCAGGAGCUGAAGGAUGGCGAGCACUACGAGUACACGAGGAACGAAUCAAGGGAGGAAUAUGGCAUCAUCUUCCACGGCGCGGCCCUGGACGACGCUGGCAAGUUGGCUUUCACCGCCUCCAACGACGCGGGUAGCGAAACCAAGUCCUGCCUGGUUCGCGUGCAUUACGAGACUCCCACGGUGGUCGGAGGGCUUGAGGACACCGGGUUCUGUCUGGAGUCGGACGGCACCUUGACCUUCAGGGCCUCGGGGUUGCCGCUGCCGGAGUGCCACUGGACCAAGAACGGAAUCCCCCUCAAAAACGACAACAAACACGACAUCACCAACCCAGAGCCCGGCGUCUACUGCCUCACCAUCAAGGACGUGGACCAGUACGACUUUGGCGAGGUCGCCGUGGUGGCCAAGAGUCUGGUGGGUGAGUGCGAGUCUAAGGCCAAACUCAGCCAGAAGAUGCUGGAGUGCAGUUUCGUUGAGGCGCUGGAGAACCUCACCAACGGGCCCGAAGGAGAUGACCUCACCCUCAGCGUCACCGUCAGGGGAUCACCCAGGCCUAAGUUCGUCUGGACCAAGAACGGGGACGAGGUGGAAGCAUCGGCCAAGUUCAAGAUCUCGUCCAAGAAGAACUCGUACUGUGAGGCCACCAUCAACCUGACCAUCGUGGAGGCCUCGGCGAUCGACUCCGGCCAGUACAGGUUGAAGUGUUACAACGACGUGAGCGAGAUAACCACGGAGACGGCACUGGUUGUGAGACCCGAGAGGAGGAAGCCCAAAGUCACCAAGAAGCCCCAGGAGCUGCAAGUCAUGGAGCACCAGCCGGGCGUCUUUCAGGCCAAAAUCAUCGGUUUCCCCAAGCCUGAGGUCAAGUGGUUGAAGGACGGUCGCCAGGUGUACCAUUCUGACGUGAUCGACCUGGGCGUGACGGCAGAGGGCAUCUACUACCUGGAAUUCAGAGGCGUGACACAGGAGGACAUGGGCAGGUACACGGUCCAUGCCUCCAACGACCUGGGCUCCUGCGAGGCGGACACCCAGCUGACUGUCGUGCCUCCGCCAUCAAAGCCCGAGUUCCUGAGCAGCCUGAGGUCAAGCAAGGUCAUUCUCGGCUACCCCGUUAGGUUGGAGGUCAAGCUUGGAGGAUCACCGCGCCCUGAAGUCCAAUGGCUCAAGGACGGACAGCCCAUUAACCUGGACGGGAAACACUAUAAACAAGUUGAAGGCCCCGACGGAACCGUGUGUCUGCAAAUCGACGCCGCCACGGAAGGAGACGCCGGUGAGAUCAGCUGUGUGGCCAAGAACCCCGAGGGAGACUCCACCUCGAAGGCCACGCUGUCUGUGCUGGGCUUCACUCGCGAGGACGGCCAGCCAGACAGUCCCGCCAAGUUCACGGAGGGCCUGAAGGACAUCUCCGCGGACGAGGGCGACACGCUGCGCCUGCCCGUGACCAUGAAGGGCGGACCCGUGCCUAAGAUGAAGUGGUACAAGGACGGCAAGGAGAUCAAGCUGGGCGACCGUGUGUUCUUUACCUACGACGGCGAUAGGGCGUUCUUGGAGGUGCGGCCGGCCCAAGGGGAGGACUCCGGCAUGUACAAGUGCGUGAUUGAGAACGAUCACGGAAAGGCGGAGACGGAGUGUGAGGUGUCCAUUAGGAAGUGCUUCGAGCCCCCGUGCUUCACCUCCACCUUCACCAACCAGUACAAGCUACCUGGAAGUGAUGUGCGCAUGACGGUGAAGUACGACGGUCUGCCUCUGCCUGAGAUCACCUGGUACCACGACAACGAGAAGAUCGGCUCUGACGGGGACCGGGUGCGGGUAAGGAAGGAUGGCGAGGGACAGACUCUGCUCAUCCGGGACGCCACCUACAGCGACGCCGGCGUGUACAGGGUCGUGGCAAAGAACAGGGAGGGCACCGUGGAGUACAAGGCUGAGCUCUUCGUGUCGGAUGAUAUCGACCCGAGGAGGCGCAUGGAGGCCCCGGUGUUCCUCAAGGUGAUAGGCGACCAGGAGGUGUUCGAGGGCUCCAAGGCGCUCUUCAAGGCGAUCGUGAUGGGCAAACCCGAGCCGGAGUUCAGGUGGUACAAGGACAACAGCCCCAUUAUCUCCACGAACCGAGUAGCCGUGGAGAAGGACAACGAUGGUCUGAUUCGGCUUUCCAUUCGCCACGUAACCGCAGAGGAUGCCGGCGUGUACCAGCUGAAGGCAUGGAACGAGUACGGGGAAGCUGCUUGUUCUGGGAAGCUCAUCUGUGAAACGCUAACGAGCAAGAAGAAGAGGCCAGUGGGGGAUGAGUACCAAGGCUUCGAUAGGAUCCGGCGGUCAGGUGUUCCCAUGCCUCUGCCGGAUAAGCCCAUGAUCAGCGCCCUCUCCGACCGACGAGCCACGAUCAGCUGGAUGCCCCACCUGGCCGCCCCGCCCACCCAGCCCGUCACGUACCUGCUGGAGAUGGCUGAGUACCCUGAAGGGGAUUGGAACACGGUGCGAACAGGUAUCCGCGGGUGCAGCGUGGACGUGUCAAACCUCCUCCCGAAGAGCGAUUACCGGUUCAGGGUGCGGGUAGCCAAUAAGCACGGCGUCUCAGAGCCCUCACCCUACGUGCUAACCUACAGACACAAACUGGAGCUGCCCCCUAUCACCUACGAACCCUGGAUGGACCCCAACUACGAGUACAAGGGUGAAGGCCCGUAUGUCCCCGAAGGCUUUAGGAUCAACAGGGACAACCGCGGGAACUACUACGCCGCGCCUCGCUUCCUUCGUCUGGAGCACGACACCCAGUACGGCAUGCGGGGCUUCAACGCCUCCCUUAAGUGGUACGCCUAUGGGUAUCCUCUCCCGAAGGUGCAGUUCUUCAGGAAUGAUCUGCCACUCGACGUCGGGAGGAAGGGGAGUCGCUACACGUAUUCCCACGAUGCUACGGGUGCUAUCUGCUUGUUCGUUGAUAGGAUGACCGAAGGAGACAUAGGCCUAUACGACUGUCUGGUGACCAACGAGUACGGGCAGUCUAGGCAGCGUCUCCGCCUUGACCUCAGCGAGUAUCCUAGAGUCCUUCAGCCCCUUGAGGAACUCCACCUCCGCGCCAACUCCUCCGGCAAGAUUAUGUGCAGGAUUUCCGGGUAUCCUGCGUGUGAUGUCAAGUGGUUCAGGGAUUGGGAGCCGCUUCCUUCAUCCUACAAGUUCAGGCCGUCGUUCCUGGAGCCCGAUUGGUACAUUUUGACCAUCAACGGGGCCUCGGUCAAGGAUGCUGGACUGUAUUCUGUGGCGGCUGUCAAUGUGGCUGGCAGUGUGCAUUCCUCGUGCAUGGUUCACAUUGAGGACGACGACAUCGGCUUCUACUGGACCGGGCCGGGCAUGGGCAGGAAAGUGGGUAUCAACAGCCGCCGUGGGACCCUGGAAGACCACUACGAUAUCGGGGACGAGCUGGGCCGCGGCACACAGGGCGUCUCCUACCACUGCGUCGAGCACCAUACGGGGCGUAACUUCGUGGCCAAGAGCAUGUGGGGCAAGGACAACUUCAAGCAAUGGAUGAGGAACGAGUUUGAUAUGAUGAAUCACAUUAACACGUGCAAGAAUAUCGUCAGGCUUUACGACGCCUAUGAGUCCGUCAACAACAUGGUUCUGGUGACCGAGCUGUGUGGCGGCGGGGACCUUCUGGGCACCCUUACGCAGCGAACCUACAUCACGGAGUACGAGGUGUGUUGGUAUGUGAGGCAGCUGCUCCUGGCGGCCGACCACAUGCAUGACCGCUGUAUGGCGCACCUGGGCAUCAACGUGGGUGACAUACUGCUGGUUCGACCCAACGGCAUGGAAAUCAAGCUGGGUGACCUCUCUCUCGCUCGUAACAUCAGGAUUCAAAAUGUAUAUCCUCUUGACUACGGUAUGCCAGAGUUUGUCGCACCUGAAGUCGCGAACGGGGAGGGGGUGACUUACGCGACGGACAUGUGGGCCAUCGGUGUGGUUACCUACAUUCUGCUGUCUGGCAUCUCUCCAUUCAGAGGAGAGAACGACCGCGAGACGCUGACGAAGGUGAAGAAGGGUGAGGUCAACUUCGACAGGGACGCUUUCGCCCAUAUUUCAGGAGAGGCGAAGGACUUUAUUCUCAAGCUCCUGGACUAUAAGGUGGACACACGUAUGGAGGCCAAGACUGCGCUGCGUCACCCCUGGAUGUCGCUUGCCUCGUCCAUGCCCCGCGACCCUUACCGUAUCACCACCGACAGGCUCAGGUCCUACUACUCCCGAUUCAGGGAAUGGUACGCCAACGCCUCCUGCAAGCGAUGGUUCAGGCGACGCACUCUCUCCUCCUGCUUCAGUCACCCCAGCAAGAUGGUGUACCCGCCCGGCGAGCUCUACACACCGCCAGAGUCCCCGGAGAGAGAGAUCAUCCCCGCCAAGCCAGCAGAAGAUUACCACAUCCCCGAACGAGACCUCAGCUACACUCUCGACGUCUUCAAGAACGAGAGCAACUACCAGAUGGGUCCCGACACCUAUCUUCUGCAGCUGAAGGACGUCGAGUUCCCGUGCCGGCUUAGAUCCUACAUGAAGGUUGCUGAAGACCGCUCGCCAUCCUUCGCUAUGAGUCUUCGCGAGAACGACUUCGACUAUUCGCGAAUCCCAAUGGUGCACGAGAGGCGGAGGUUCACGGAUGUCAUGGAUGAGGAGAUUGAGGAGGAGCGGAGGAAGAGGACGAUGAUAGACAGACAGACCGCGGGCUUCAUCAGAGGGCGGAUGGAGAGUUGCGCCUUGGACCUUCCCCGACGAGGCAAAUAUGAGUACACCACACAUCUAUCCCUGACGGAGAGGACGCGGGUGGUGCGGGAGGGUGGAACGUCCAACACGGCGCCCUUCCUACGCGAGAAGCCGCCCACCACGGCCAUCGCUGCGGGCUGCAAGGCGGAGGUGACGGCUGUGGCUUCAGGAGUGCCCGAGCCCGUCAUUCAGUGGUUCAAAAACGAAGUCCCCAUAGGCUCAGACAACCCCAGGAUCACCAUCACCACCAAGGGCAGCCGUUCAACCCUCACCUUCACCACCUGCAAGGACUUCGACGCCGGUGUAUACAAGGUCGUGGCGAGGAACGAGGCAGGGGAAGCGAGCCACAAGUUCAGACUCGUUCAAGGUCAGUUCCCCGGCCCCUGCGAGACCCCCCAGGUGACCCAAGUGGGGGAGACGGAAAUGUUCAUCCGCUGGAAGGCCCCCGUGGAUGAUGGCGGGGCAAGGAUUCUGUGCUACAAGCUGGAGAUGAAGCCAUGUGGUGCAACGGAGUGGAGCAGCGUGGCCGACAGCAUCGAGUAUGAAUUCUACCACCUGACCAAACUGUCUCAGGACUCCACCUACUUCUUCCGCGUCACUGCAAAGAACUUCCUGGGCUGGGGAGAUGUGUCGCCCUCCAGCGUGGCCGUCAAGACCCAUGCUACUGGUGUGACAGGUAGCCGCAAGGUGGAGGUGCCGCCCGGCCUGAUGCACCUACAAAGGGAGCGAGAGGGCGGCAGGACCAUCCCUCAGUGGGCCGACAAGAAGGACCUGGACUACUCAAAGGAACUGGAGCCCGUCAAGUUGAAGACUGGGGAGAACGCGGAGUUACAGGUGAGAAAAUACAACCCGGUGGCAGAGAUCUCAAGGGGACGGUUCGGGACGGUCGCCAAGUGUCUGCGCAGCGACGAUACGCGAGUCUUUGUACUGAAGGUGAUGCAGACGGCGGGACGGGAGGCGGAGGUGCAACACGAGUUUGAGGCGCACAACAGUCUGAGGCACGAGAGGAUUGUCCAGCUGUUUGAAGCCUAUAGCGUGGGCGCCUUCACCGUGUUGGUCAUGGAGCCGCUGAGUGGGCUGGACAUUCUGAGUUACCUGGCCAACCAAUAUCAGUACUCAGAGCAGCAGGUGUUCACGAUGACCAGCCAGGUGCUGGACGCCCUCUCGUACCUGCACUGGCGCGGGUACUGCCACCUGGACAUCCAACCUGACAACAUCGUGGUAGCCUCGACCCGAAGGUGUGACGUCAAGCUCAUCGACUUCGGCAGCGCCCAGAAAGUGUCCAAACUGGGCUCCGACAUCACGGCGACAGGAAACAUAGAGUAUACAGCUCCUGAGGUUCUACUGGAGAACAAGGCCCACCCUAGCAGCGACAUAUGGUCCCUGGGUGUCGUGAUCUACGCCCUCCUAGCUGGAAGGAGUGCUUUUGGGGGCGUGGACGAGGAGGACACGAAGGACAACAUUCGGAACGUCAGCUUCAAGUGCGAAUACCUCAACCCCGGCCUGAGUCAAGAGCUUGUGAGACUCAUCAUGCUCAUCUUCAAACGCGACCCCUGCAAGCGGCCGACGGUGGAGGAAUGCUGGGAUCACAAGUGGCUGGUCGAGAGUGACUACAUGGCAAAGAAGAGGGAGAGGAUCAUCUUCUAUGGCGCCAGAUUGAGGGAGUACGACAGGACCUACCACGAAUCCAGAAUCAAGGCGGCCAUCAAGUCCCCUGCUCUUAUAAACUUCAACAACGCCGCCUUCACUCCUGCGAUAUCCUACGACACGGAGAACCUUUGCGUCGUAUAGUGAAGUGUGUGUCUCAGUUCCACUCCCUUUGUUCCCCUUUCUUUCUUUGUCUCAUUUUCCGUUUUUUCUCUCUCCUUCUUUUUUUUCCUUCUUUCUUCUGCAACUUUUGUCUUGUUAUUUUCGUCGGUUUUUCUAUCUGUCCUUUUUUUUCUUGUAUUUCCCUCUCUUUAUUCCUUUGUUUCUCUUUCCUUCUUCUUCUUUUGUCUUGUUCCUCAGUUUCAUCUCUUUCUCUUUCUGGUCAUUUUUUUUCUUCUUUUUCUCUUCUUACAAUUUUGUCUGAUUUUGAAGUUUUUUUUUUUUUCUUCUUCUUCUUCUUCUUCAUCUUCUUUCUCCUUGUUACGAUUGGGUCUUCUCUUCUCUCCUCUUCUUGUUUCUCCGUCUUCUCUCUCCCUCUCUUCUUUUUCCUUCUUUAUUCCGUUUUCACGCCUCUUCAAUUUUCCGUUCAAGCUCUUUUCCUUUUAUUUAUCAAAUCUUUAUCUCUUAGUCCUCCCCCUCCUCCUCCUCCUCUUCCUACACACACUUCCCGUUUUCUUCAUCAAUGUAGCCCCGAAGUCCAUUUUCUGUGGCCCUUAAUUCACCAAGGUAAGGGAGAGAUAUGGCGUUUAUCUCUGUUUACUUCGGUCUCCCCUAAAAAACGCCGUAUUACCCAACAGAAAACGGGACUUGGGCACACCAAUUAGAUUACGUUGAUGUGUUUUCUUUCUCUUGUAAUAUCGUCUCUCCGUGUAUGUAUUUCGCAACAGUAUCUAUUAUUAUUACCAUUGUUAUUAUUAUUAUUAGUGAAAAAGAAAUAUAGAAGCGCUUUGACAUGUGAAUUUCUACAAUGUGUAAUAAUUCUGCGUCAAUGUAUAUUUCUGAUGACUUUUCUUCCUCUCCCUCUCUCUCUUUCUCUCUGAUUCUUACGCUGUAUAAAAUAACGAAAAAUCGCUUUGGGUUUAACGAAAUACGUAAACUUAAGGUUCCUCCUACUCCUCCGUUUUCUUUCAUUUGGACCCGUAGAUAGAUUAUAGGCAGCCGCUUCCCGUUUUCUCGUAGCUGUAGUAAUUUUCGAUGGCAGACUAUUGUAUUAUUAUUUUAUCCUUGUAUUCAUAGAUCUAGACGGAUGUUAUGAUUUAUUUUCCUCUUUUUUUCCCUCUCGUGAUGCCUUCCCCUUCCUCUGAGCGCGUUCCUCGGUGGUGUCACGAAACGGCGGCUUACGAUUGGCCGAACUAUUGUGACGUCACGCAUUGCCGGCUCGUGAUUGGCCGAUUUUUUUGUGACGUCACGUGAGGUUGAAGAUGAUGAUGUACAGUGUAUUAAAAAAGUAUUGAUGAU